UCCUCAACCAAACACUCAACUGAUAAUUGUGUGAUAAAACUGGAAGUCAGCCUGUGGACGAAGGGGCACUCUAUUCAGAAAAAGCACACGAACCCUGCGGCCCUAAUCGUGACAGACAAACUCGGUCGUCUUUGCAGUGAAACAGGCUUACUAGGUGAAGAGGACGGCGAAAAAAAUCCUACUUUUAAACCCAACCAAAGGCUGCUUUUUAUUUUGCUCUGGCUGUCGAAAGGCGGGGAAUACAAAGCGACGUGUGGUCAAAUCCAGUAAAUUUUGGACUCUUUCAAGCAAAAACGGGAUUACUACAAAGUGUUGUCGGGCUGCAGUGUCUAUUCAGCGAUAGUACAUGGAUUAUCUGUGUUUCCGGGCACUGUGCUGUAAAGGACCUCCACCACCAAGACCAGAGUAUGAUGUGGUGUGCAUUGGCCUGACAGGUGCUGGAAAAACCAGCCUGCUCUCACGCCUCUGUAGUGAGGGCAGUGACGGCAUCGUACCUACAACAGGUUUCAGCAUCAAAGCAGUGCCAUUUCCAAAUGCCAUCUUGAAUGUAAAAGAACUUGGAGGAGCAGACAACAUAAAGAAAUACUGGAGUCGUUACUACCAGGGUUCGCAGGGAGUGGUCUUUGUGUUGGACAGUGCCUCUUCAGAUGAGGACCUUGAGGCUGCACGCAACGAGCUCCACUCGGCCCUGCAGCACCCACAGCUUUGCACACUGCCUUUCCUCAUCCUCGCCAACCACCAGGACAAGCCUGCCGCGAGGACACCAAACCAGAUCAAGAAAUACUUUGAGCUGGAGCCACUGGCCCGAGGGAAGCGCUGGAUCCUGGAGGGGAGCUCCACUGACAACAUGGAGACAGUGAAGGAGAUUUUUGGUCAGUUCAUUAGCCUUUUGGAGGACAAAGACACAGAGCCUGCAAGGAUAUGAUGCUAAUGCUGCUAAUGCUAAGAGACAUUAGCAGCUGAUGACCAAGAAAAACACCACAUGCUGCUGGUGCCCAUGUACACACACAUGCACAGACACACACAUGUACACUAAAGAAAAUAGAGCAGAAGUUGGCCUCUCUCUGAGAAGUGUAUUGUAUGUUAUCCACCUUUCACUGGGUUCUCAUGUUUUCAAAUUGAGAUUGUGCACAAGCAGUAAGCUAUUACAGAGGGACCGAGGAGAGCUGCCAUCAAAACAGCCGAUGUAAAGCAGUUUAUACAGGAAAAUCAUUGAACUCUGCCAGAAAUGGAAAUCUUGUUUACUACUGUCUGCGCCUUUGGGAUUAAAGCAGCGGCAUGUGGGACAUAUGGCAUUCCUGCAGUCAUCAUGAACACAAACACACACACUCUCACUCUUACACACGCACACACUGUCACACACAAAGUGAGCACAGGUUUUCUGUAGAUACGUUUAACAUCUUCAGUAAUGACUUUACAGGAUGUGUGGGUGGGCACUAUUGAUGUUGUCACUGAGGAGUACUGUAUGGCUGUCAGUGUGCUUCUCCUUUUGAACAGCUAACAACGAAUGUUGUGUGAUUGGAGUGCAUAGUCCAAAGCAUUGUGUUAUGUACGGUAGUUACAUAUCUAAUCCGAAGUCUAGUGUAGUCUGAGUAUCUCAUGGAGUAUUAUGUACAUGCAAACAGUAUAUUGCUGUGUACCCUCCUGUGCAGCCAUACACAAGUACUAAUAAUCAUGUGACUAAGUGCUUUAAGUACUUUACUGAGAGGUGAAGUGAGAGCAAGUCUGAAUGCUUUUAUAAAUGUGCAACUUAGGAUAUAUUUUAUAGCUCUGUAUGUUAACCUCUUAGAGCUAUGUUCAGAUUUUUAUAUAUUGCACCACACUUAUGAAUUCUUUUAAAUCAAAGACCAAAAAAGAAAAAAAAAACAACAGCAGUGAUGAUUGACUGGGCUCGUUGAAGUAGAAAAAUGUGAUGGAUUUAGUUUUCUGUCAAUGUUAAACAAAUGUUAUGUUUGUUUUUUUACUUCCAUAUUUUUAUUGUUUUUCUUUUUUUCCUUUUAAAACUGACAUAAUCCCCGUCUGCCCUGGAGAGCUGCUUCAGUCCCCCAUCGGGGUGGAAUACAAACUAUCAAUCAGCCGCAGCAACAGCUGCAUCUGACAAGUCCCUGUCCGACACCCUAAUGCCUUCCAACUGUCUGUGAAGACCCCUCCCUGUCUGCCGAUCAUCAUGGACCCCCGCCCCACCUCAUCCCAACCCAGUACACCCUGCCACUGCAGCUCCGCUCCCCAUCCCAAUUACCACUCCGUAGGGUUAUCAUCCUACGUGUCAUCUUUCAGCCGGCUGUCCUCAUGUGGACUUCACAUCUCUAAAAUGAGUCGUAUUGUGCCACAAGUUUCCCCAAGACGUGCUUGAGUCACGAAUAAUCAUCACACUGGCUCCCGUUGUGUUUUGUAUUUUUAUGUUGUUUUCGUUUUGUCAAGUUUUGAAUCACUUUUUGUACCUGACUGAGAUCUGUCGGGUAGCUUUUGGAGUAGGGAUCUGUGCUGCAUACAGUCACCUGAAUGCAAAAUCAGUGUGGACGAGGGAUUAAACAAAUGUUGGACUUUGCAUAUCAUCAGCUCUCACUUUCACAACAGUCUCUUUUAUUUUGUUGUUGUUUUUGUAAUUUGUCUGUUUUUUCCAAUCAAGCUUUUUGUCUUAUAUGGUUAUUAAAGUUUUAAAAAAUGUCAAA